CCAACGGACAAACGAUGUCCCCCCCGCUAAAACUGGCUAUGGACUAUAUUGUUCCAUGUAUGAAUAAGCAUGGCAUUUGUGUUGUUGACAAUUUUCUUGGAGAAGAGACUGGACUGAGUAUUUUGGAGGAUGUGAGAGCCCUCCACAAGACUGGUAAAUUUACUGAUGGGCAGUUGGUGAGUCAAAGAAGUGACUCCACUAAAGAUAUACGAGGAGACAAAAUAACCUGGACUGAAGGAAGAGAACCUGGUUGUGAGAAGAUAGCCUUUCUCAUGAGCCGCAUGGAUGACAUGGUCCGACACUGUAAUGGUAAACUGGGAAACUACAGAAUAAAUGGAAGGACGAAAGCCAUGGUGGCCUGUUACCCAGGCAACGGGACUGGGUAUGUACGUCACGUGGAUAACCCGAACGGCGAUGGGAGAUGUGUAACGUGUAUUUACUAUCUCAAUAAAGACUGGGAGGCUAKGAAACACGGAGGAAUCCUGAGGAUUUUCCCAGAGGCCAAGGCGCAGUUCGUCGACAUCGAACCCAAGUUCGACCGCCUGCUCUUCUUCUGGUCGGACCGGCGGAACCCCCAUGAGGUGCAGCCGGCAUACCACACCAGGUAUGCCAUAACAGUGUGGUAUUUUGAUGCCGAUGAACGAGCUCGGGCCAAGGAGAAAUAUCUAACAAGUGCAGGAGAAAAGGGAGUAAACGUAGAAUUGAACAAGCCGUCGGAUCUGAGCUAAUAUGAGAGAAGCGUCCUGCCAUCACCUGCUGCUGCUGUGGACAGAUGGGGAAAGAGGGAUGGAUGGCGGGAUAGAGGGAAGGAAAAAGGAUGGUGGGAUGAAYAGGAGAGACGAAAGAAACCAUCUUGGAUUAGUCCGCUUUCUUUAAACUUUAAUAUUCAAAGUUGACACACACAGACCCUGAAUGUGAUGUCAUUGCACUGCAAGGAAUCAUCAUUUUUUGCCAAGUUUCUGUUUUUGCUUGUUGCUUUGAUUUUUUGGGCUUUAUUAUGUGAAGAAUGCCGGUGUAAAAAUGAGCUAUGGAGAAAAAUAAUAUGUAUUAAGUGAACCGAAUGCCAAACAAAUAUUGUUGUGAAUUUUGGGGUGAUGAAAGAAGUGUACCCAUAUGUCAGACGGGUUGUCAUGGUCUCCAUCGGAUGGAUCUCUCACUGUUAUAAAAAAAAAAA